AUGUUCCUAGAAUCAAGCCUCCAGCCUCAAGCCUCACAGUCACUCUUCGCCUCGCUCCGCCUCUCGAUCAGCAUCAUGAAGUUCUCCUUCUCGCUCUCCGCCCUCCUUGCCGGCACUGCCGUGCUCGCGAGCCCUGUUCCCGUUCCUGCGCCUCCCGGAAUCCCCAGCGCCGCUACCGCCCGGACCCAGCUUGCUGGUCUGACUGUUGCCGCUCUGGGUCCUCAGACCGGAUACAGCCGUGAUCUUUUCCCUCACUGGCACACUGUUUCUGGCGCUUGCAACACAAGAGAGACGGUGCUGAUCCGUGACGGUACCAACGUUGUGACGAGCUCCGCCUGCGCCUCCACCUCUGGCACCUGGGUCAGCCCCUUCGACGGUGCCAGGUGGACUGCUGCGUCCGACGUUGACAUUGACCACAUGGUCCCCCUGUCCAACGCCUGGAAGUCUGGUGCUGCUUCUUGGACGACGGCCCGUCGUGAGGCCUUCGCCAACGAUCUCACUCGCCCCCAGCUUUGGGCCGUCACCGACGACGUCAACCAGGCCAAGGGCGACAAGAGCCCCGAUGCCUGGAAGCCCCCUCUGACCAGCUUCUACUGCACCUACGCCCGCAGCUGGGUCGCCGUCAAGAGCUACUGGGCCCUCACCAUCACGUCGGCGGAGAAGACGGCGCUGACUUCCAUGCUCAACACCUGCUAG